CUCUCACUCGCUCUCUCUCUCUCAUUCUCUCCUUCAAUUCCAUUUUCUUUCCCUCUUUAGAAUCGCAAAUGCCAACCAUGCCUUCGUUAACUCCAAAGCUCCCCAUUCUUCUUCUCCUUUCUCUUCUUCUAUAAAUCUCGCCGAGGCUUCAAUUCGAUCGCCACCGUUGAAAAACGCAAUGUCUCCUCCUCCCAUCAAUCUCGGCCGCAAAAACUCCCCGGCGAAUCACCAAACCCUCACCGCCACCGCCACCGCCACCACCGCCGCGCAGGACGCGCGCCUUAUCGUCCGUGAGACGCUCCGUAUUAGCGCCACCCUCGCCUCCUCCCCGGCCGAGCCUCUUGUGCCGCCACUCGAGAGCCGCAAUCUCCAGCUCGGCCACGGCCGGCUCGACGACGACUUCGUCGGCUCUAGCUUCAGAUUGAUUUGCUGCGAGGAGAUCGACGGCCGGAGAUGGAACUACGUCGCCGAACCGGAUUCCGUUACCGGAACCUUCAAGAAAGGCUCCUUGCGUGCGCUCGGGUUGCACAGUCCUCAACCUCCUCUGCAAGGAUUGAAGUCAUUUGUGACAUCAUAUGUUGUUCCCGAAGGAUUUCCAGAUAGUGUGAUUCCUUCAUAUGUACCGUAUAUGACGUGGAGAGCGCUCAAGCAUUUCUUUGGCGGGGCUAUGGGUGUUUUCACAACGCAAACACUUCUGAGUUCAGUUGGAAUCGCUAGAAACACAGCUGCUCCUGGGGCUGUUGCUAUCAACUGGAUUCUAAAGGAUGGAGCUGGUCGUGUUGGAAAAAUGCUUUUUGCUCGACAAGGAAAGAAGUUUGAUUAUGAUCUAAAACAGUUACGGUUCGCGGGUGAUCUUCUUAUGGAGUUGGGAGCUGGGGUUGAGUUGGCAACUGCAGCUGUGCCACACCUUUUCCUUCCUUUGGCUUGUGCAGCUAAUGUGGCAAAGAAUGUUGCUGCUGUAACAUCAACAUCAACUCGUACACCAAUUUACAAAGCAUUUGCUAGAGGAGAAAAUAUCGGAGACGUGACAGCUAAGGGAGAAUGUGUGGGCAAUAUUGCAGAUCUGCUGGGAACUGGAAUGAGCAUAUUGAUCUCCAAAAAUAAUCCUUCAUUAGUGACUACAUUUGCUCUCCUUUCAUGUGGAUAUGUUCUCAGCUCUUACAAAGAGGUUAAAUCUGUAGUGUUGCACACCUUAAACCAAGCAAGAUUCAGCGUGGCUGUAGAUGCGUUUCUUAAAACAGGGAGAGUUCCCUCACUGCAGGAGGGGAACGUGAAUGAGAAUGUAUUCAAUUUUCCAUGGGUAAAAGAUGGCCCUGUUGUUCUUGGGCCAAGAUUUAAAGAUGCGUUCCAAGAACCAAGUGUUUAUCUUGCCUUAGAGCCCUUUUUUGAGAAAGAAAGAUACGUUGUUACAUACAAUCCUUCGAAAGGUAAAGUAUAUGCAUUGCUGAAGGAUCAAGCGAAGUCGGACGACAUUCUAAAAGCAGCUUUUCAUGCUCAGGUGCUUUUGCAUUUCUUGCGUUUAUCAUGCGACUCUCAGCCCCUAUCACAGCAGCAAAUGAAGGUUGGAUAUUCAAAUGUUGUUCCUCCAGCAAAAGAUCUGGAGGCAUAUAUUGUUGAGUCAUGCAAAAUGGUGUCACAUUCUUAUAGGAUUUUUAAGAGUAAAGCAGCAGAGCAGGGGUGGAUGAUGUCGGAAGCACAUCUUAAUCCCGGGCGUACUCGUCUUAUUAAGUGAUUGAUUUUAUGGAACUCAAUCUCCUUGCAAAUUAGCUUUCACACCCCAAAGUAUGAACAGCUUCAACACUUACUACAGUUUGAAACUAAAACAGGGGGAAAAAGAGUUGGAGCUUCGCGUGAUUUCAGUAGGACUACGGAAAACAUGUCCUGUUCAUGUUAGUGAUGUUACCCGAAGGACGCCAAAUGUUCUUUGCUCCCAGACUCAAUGGCUGACAUGCUUGGUGAAGUUUUUAUGUGAUAGAAAGGAGACUUAGUAUAUAAUGAGUUAUGGUGACUGCAUAUUCCUUUUUUUUUUUUUUUCCUAUAGGGCUUUUCUUAUGUUUCUUUUCUUCUAAAAUCUGUCGCACUUUGUCUGUAGUACUGCAGAAUCCCUGUUGUUAAAUAUAAUUUUGUCAGUUGAUGUGUGUGUAUCAGAUGGAAUGAGGGUUGAUGUUGUAUGGCAUUCGACGGUUGAGUCCAUAUAUGUAUAGAAUAUUUACUUCGUUCUAAACAAUGCGGCAAAUUAGCUUGCAAGCUGGAUUGUAGGGACGCUAACA